AUGCUUAAAAAUGGAACUAUUUCUAUAAUAUUGACAAUAUAUUUUGGUAUAAUUGUAACUAUUGAUAUUAUAUCAUGGAUUAUAUAUGUUUUACUAUUAAUAUUUCUUAUAAAAUGUAGAAUUAAAAAUGAUAGAAUAAUAUCAAAAGAAUUUUUUACACUUUGUAUAUUUAAUGGUAUUCUUGAUAUAAUAUUUGUCAUUGAAGAAUAUAUAAAUUUUCGAAUUCCACAAUUUGGAUUUUUUGAUUAUUUUUAUAUAAAUAUUUUAUCAUAUAGUUCUAUUGCUGGUGUGUGUUAUACAUAUUCAUUAUGCCAAGUUAUUGUUAUUUCACUUUCUGGAAUAACAUUAACAUGUAACAGAUAUUAUGCAAUAAAAUUUCCAACAAAGUACAAAGAAUUUUGGAGUGGUUGGAGAUUAUUCAUUUUUACUAUAUGGCCAAUUGGAGUUGUUCUACCAAUAUUUAUUAUUUUUUGUCACUCUAAAGUUAAUUUUAUUAGUGAUCCAUCUACAGGAAGGCUAACACAAAAUUUUGUUGAUAAUGAUGUUAAUAAUUCAAUUUGGACAACAACUAUAUUGUUUCAUAUUUUUUCAUUAUUAACUAAUGGAAUAUUAAAUAUUUUACUUGUAAAAACAAUAAAAAAAGAAUUUAAAAAUAAUAGAAUUAAUAUGCAAAAUAGUAGUAAUUCUGAUAAUAGCAUAGAUUUAGCCAUGGCAAAGUAUGCUUUUAUGCAUUUUUUAUUUUUUGGUAUGAUAGCAGUUUUGGAAACUAUAAUUGUUGCUGCAUUUAGAUAUAACUUUGAUUCAUUAGCAUUCAAUUGUUUAACAUUAUUUGUCCUUGCUGAAACUAUAAUGGUUUUUUUUUCACCUUAUGCUUUACUUGUAUUAAGUAAAGAUAUUAGAAUACGAUUUUUUAUAUUUAUUGGUUUUAAUAAAUUAAACAAUGUUUUUAACUAUUUUUCUAGUAAUUUACAAACUAGCCAUGAACCACCUAAUAUUAGUUCACGAUCAAAUAAAACUAUUAUUACUACAAAAAUUCAACCCCAAUAUCGAAAAUUAAUUUAA